AGUAUCGGCAGCAACCCAAUUGUAGAAUGGCAACUCAGACCUCGGACGCGCGCAAGGAAGAGUUCCGCAAGUACCUCGAGACCAACGGCGUCAUCGACACUCUGACCCAGGUCCUCGUCGGGUUGUACGAAGAGCCCAACAAGCCAGACAACGCCAUGGCAUUCCUGAAGCAGUCCUUGAGCAAUGUGCGCUCGGACGGCGGCGCUGCUGCAGAGCCAGUCGAUGUCGACGUUCUCCUCAAGGAAAAUCAAGCGCUCAAAGCGCGCGUUGCCGAGCUCGAAAAGGAGCUUGCCAGCAAGUCGUCAGAAUGAAGUGCUGCUUGUGGUUUUCCUUUUGUUAUUUGAUACAAUGCGUAUUUCUUGUUGGAGUUUUGUUUUUGUGGCACCAACGACCACGUUCACCGACCAG